AUGACGCUGGGACAGGAGAUUGACAUCAUCUCAAUUCACAUGCGGGAUACGGUCGCACUGGGUGCGGUGGUUGCCUGCGCGUGCUUGCUGCUCUACACACUCCUCCUUCGGAGAACAAGCUCAGCCACCAGGCAUGGCACCCGCAACCCUCAAACCAAGGAAGAAUGGACACAGCAGCUCUUGGUUCGUAUUCGGCCCUUGCACCUCUAUGCUUCUUGUCCUGCAAUGCUGCUUGGUGGCUGUCAAUUGCAGCUCAUGCCAACAACGUAUGAGAUGCUUGUUUCUUUCAUCGUUGGCGCCACUUUUCAAAACCGUGUGGCCUGUUUGAACCCAAGCAUUUGCACCACCACUUUGCCGCCCGCCAUCGCGUGUGGCCUGCCGCCUUCAUUUCCAAGAUACACACACACAGACACACAGACAGACACACACACACACCUAUGUGUUCGUUGCAACUCUGCGUUUGCUCGCCCGUUUUUAACCUCUGUUGGACCAACAGGAUGCUUGUUUCGCUUGCGACUUUGA